AUGGAAUUGUCAACAAGUUCUAGAAAUAACUUUUCUACAGGAGUUGACAUAACUUCGCUAUUUACAACUUUUAAAAAUUCAUUGGAUGAACAUGUAUUUCAAGUAUAUUUAAAAAACAAUAAUUUCUCAAAAAGAAUCACACCAAAAACAUUGAAUUCAUCAAUUGAAAAAUCUGCAACAACAAAACAGGAGAUUCUUAAAUUGUUUAAAGAUAUCUCUGUAGAGUUACAAGGUGUUAAUUAUUAUAGUGAUUCAUUGCAGGAAUAUAUUGAGGCAAUGUCUCUUCUAGAGUACUUGCAUAAUAGAAAAUUGCUUGACAAAAUUAAAGAUGUUGAUAAUGAUUUCAAAGAUGAAAAUGGAACUCAAUUUUUACAAGUAACAAAUGAAGAUUACUUAUUAGGUGUAGCAGAUCUAUCGGGUGAAUUGAUGAGAUACGCAACGAAUUGUAUUGGAAGAGGUGAUCAUGAUUUUGCAUCAAUUAUUGGUCGAUUUUUAAGAGAUUUAAAAUCUGAUUAUGAAAUUAUUGCUCACAAUAAAUAUUUCGGAAGAAAAUUGGAAGUUAUGAAACAAAAUUUAAAUAAAGUAGAAGAUGUUUGUUAUGCAAUUAAAAUUCGUGGAUCAGAAUAUCCAAAAGAAUUCUAUCAACAUAUAGUUGCUGAACAUACUAAAAGGUUUGAAGAAACGGACUGA